UUGCCUGACAACUUCUGUAGAUUCUAGCGGACUAGUAAUCCUAUUUUUUCCCUUCGAAAAGCGGUCCAUUCCUGUUUCGUUCUUCCUCCCUCCUCCUAGGAGAUAUGUCUUAAAGCAUCAUAUUUCUCAAAGUAAUGCAGUCAACUGGGUUUGGGGUCUUACAGCGGUCCUGUUCGCACGGACCUGGACUUUGCUGCUGUUGUUGCUAAACAAAACGGUUUUUUGCCACUUCUUUUAAAAGUAGAAUUUCCAAAACAUGUCAGUCCCAGCAAACCCUCUCUCUACCACUGCGGUGUAUGAUGUAGUGGUUGUAGGAUCCUGUAUGACUGAUUUGGUCAGAUUAUACCAUCCACUUAAACUUGGAGCAAGUUACAGGAAUCCCACUAGGAUACUGGAGGAAUGUGCAAAUUUCAUGCAGACGUUCAUGGAGGUCAAGAUUGAACUUGGGUUACUGGAGCUUUUUGCACCACGUUUGCCUAAAGCUGGGGAAACCAUACAUGGCUGCAAAUUUUUUAUUGGAUUUGGAGGGAAAGGAGCUAACCAGUGUACCCAGGCAGCACGACUUGGAGCCAAAGCGGCAAUGGUGUGCAAGGUUGGGAAUGAUUCAUUUGGAGAAAAUUACAUCCAAAACUUCAAAUGUAAUGGCAUAUCUACAGAGUAUGUGGGCCAAACAAGUGAAGCAUCAACAGGAGUGGCAUCUAUUACAGUAAAUGAUGAUGGGCAGAAUGCAAUUGUAAUAGUGGCUGGUGCAAAUCUGCUCUUAAAUUCAGAAGAUUUGAAACAAGCUUCCAAUGCAAUCUGUUGUGCAAAGGUGGUUGUCUGUCAGCUGGAAAUUCAACCUGCCAUCUCACUAGAAGCCUUGAAAAUAGCACAUGAGGCUGGAGUGAAAACCAUCUUCAAUCCUGCUCCGGCUACUGCUGGUCUUGAUCCUGAUUUCUACAAAAAUACAGAUGUCUUCUGUUGCAAUGAGAGCGAGCUGGUAUCGUACAACAAAUUUAUAAUCCUUGCCGACAGCAUAAUGCCAACAACUAUGAAUAAAAUAGAAAAUGUAUUUCUGCAUGCCGAGAACUGGAAGGAUGCUUGUAGAAAUGAAUGGCCUACUGUGUCAUUACUUAUACGUGGUGCUCAACAAUAAAGGAAGUAUUUUAUUCCUGGGUUAACUGAUUUAUUGGACACCAAAUGCAAAUGCCAUCACAUUCACCAUUUCUAGAUACAUGCUUGCAGUUGAGCGAGGCCUCAGCUUACAGUAUCACUGCCUAUUUUCUCUUUGCUCUUCUGAUAUAGAUCUGUUUUCCAAGAAUAAUAGUUGUAAUAAAAUCUCCACCCUUGUAUAAAAUAUCUUUCUAAUUAUAUUGUUUUUAAUGUUCAAUACGCUGCUGUAGUUGACAAGGUCUCUGAUCCCUAGUUUCUAAACACUGCACAAUUGUGUUGUAUAUAUUUUCUGAGUCUAAAUAAAUUUAAUGAUAUGAAUGGUCAGUUUAUCACUGGUCCAGUUAAAAUUUGUCUGCUGUUACCAUGAAG